AUGGUCGUCUCAAACCGUCUCACCUACGGCGUGGCUGAUUCCAUUCCUGGCACGUCAACCCAUCACGUUCAUGAAAUCAUGACUUACGUGUGCAGCAGCCGUAUCCAGCUCCGUGAUUCGUCCCCGUUUGCCCUUCUCACAAGAGUCAUUUUGACGGAGAGCAGGGACAAAAAGGCCGGAUCCGACCAGCUCAACUCUCGGCUCGAGGCAUUCAUUGAUCGGCAUUCCCGCCAAUCCCGCUCCCAGCCAUGCGGUUCUAGACUGGGCAGCGCGCACCUUAGCAAGGCAUACUUCCUUGUCGUCUCCGUUGUCGGCUCGAAGGAUUUCCGGAUGAUCGUCGACGAAAGAGAGGCUUCAUCCCUCGAGCUGUGA